GUGGGGCGGUAAGAAGCAAGUCCAAGGUCUGAGGUUUCCACCUCCUCCUUCCUCGAUCCUCCUCUCACUUUCCACUGGCCCCUCCUUCCCCACGUGGAACGAAGGGGGGGGAGGAAGAGAGGGGGGAAUACACCCGCCAGCCCCGCAUCUUCACGCCAGUCUUAGCGCUUCUCCCUCCCUGCUGGGCUGUGCCGCAUUCGCUCUUGGCUACGGAUCGGACCCGCGAAGAGGAGCAGCUGCGUCACCGCAUCGACCACCACCACCACCAUGGCUACCCCCCCGACGCCCCUGCAUGAUAACAGCAGCCACAUGGACCCCUUCACCUAUGACUAUGAUACGCUGCGCACAGUGGGACUGUUCUUGGCCAUCGUCAUGUUUGUGCUGGGAAUCUUGAUAGCACUGAGUAAAAAGUUCAAGUGCAAAAAAUCUGACCCCAGCCUGUCGGACCCCAGGGCAUCGGGCAAGACUCCUACUCCAGCCGGUGGUGUGUAGGUGCCCUCGCAAAUCUCUGCUGCUCCCGACUGGCUGGGGGAUGAACUGCGCCCAGGAACAUUUCUCCUGAGACCUUGGCACCUUGGCACCGACUGCCCGGGAGGGGGAGGGGCUCUCCGUUCUAUCCUCGACAAGGGAGGGGCAAUUUUAUAACCAGUUAGCUCUUGCGCUUCCAUUGCAUGACGGGGGCCGGCACCUGGGCGGGGUUGGGGGCGCUACACAGGCCAUGAGGUAGCAAAGUCCCUUUGCCUGUCUAUUUCAGCUGGCACCCACCCCGCUGGGGGCUGGCUCCCAUAACCCCCAAAACAGGGUCCCUUUAAACUGCAAUAACGCUGCCUGCUGCCACCCUCUGGGAAACACCCCCCCAUGCAACGCCACGCCACCCCCCCCAGCGAUGCCCCCUUGCUUCUGGGCAUAUUAACCCCCCCCAUAGCUGCUGCUGCUUUGCUUUCUGUGCCUCCCGCUAUGCUGUGAGAAAAAAAGAAGAAGUCCAAUGACCACGAUAGCCACAAGGGGGACAGGGAUUCUACCCAAGAGCCAAUCUGCCCCAGUGCUAGAAACCAGGACGCUUUUUUGGGGUGGGGUGGUGGGGUUGGGCCACCUGUGAAGCCAAGGAUAGGGCCAGCCGAAGGAAUAAAAAGGAGCGAGGGAGGGCUUGCUUUUGUGGCAUACACUCCACUCCCCCCAGGGGGCGCUGCUCACAGCUUCUCCUUGCUGUACCAUCCACAUCUCCGUGUCUCUCAUCCAAGCAUGGAGCAAACUUUGACCAAUCAAUAAA